AGUUCAAGUUUAGUCGCGACCGGUAUGAGUUCGUAGGGUAUUUUUUUUUGUUUUAUAGUGUUUUUUUCUAGUGUGUGAUUCGUGCAGAGUGCAAUGUACUUGAGAGUCGAAUAGGAUAUGGCAGAGCAGCACCGAGAACCGCCCGAACGUGAAUUAGAACAGCAGAUCCUGCUGAUAAAGAAACAACAACAACUCCAGCACCAGAUCCUGUUGCAGCAAUUCCAACGGGAGCAACAGCACUUGGUCGAGCAGCACGAGCAGCAACUCCGCCAGCACCUGGAGCAGUUCUGGGAGCGGCAGAAGCUGCUCAAGCUGAGCGAGAUCAGGCAACGCGAGCAGCUGGAAGUGCUGCGGAAAAAGGAGAAGCAUGAGGAGAGCGCCAUCGCCUCCACCGAAGUCAAGCAGAAGCUGCAGUCGUUCCUGCGACAGCGGCAAGGCGGCAAGAACAGGGCCGAUAAUUCCUGCUGGUCCGAAGGCAUGGACACCGGCUCAGAAUCCUCAACAACGAACAACGAUUUUCCUCUACGAAAAACCGCUUCUGAGCCGAACUUGCUCAAAGUCAAGCUGAAGCAGCGCGUGAUGGAGCGCCGCUGCAGCCCGAUGAGCAAGCGGCUGCCGCCGACGCUCAAAAAGAAACUGCUCAGUUCGUACCUGCCGCCCAGCGAGUCGCCGCCCCAGGAGCCGCCCAAAGAGCUGAGCCCGCCCUGCGAAUCGGAGGAGUACCAGCGGCACGCGCUCUUCAGCAGCCCAUCGAUGCCCAACAUCUCGCUCGCCGCCCACCACGUGCUGUCGCCGGACAUCUCGGAGGCGGCCAUGAGGGCGGCAUGCACCGCUCGAUUAGGUAUGCCGUUGACUGGGCAAAUGCUGCCGGGCACGUUGCCCUUCUAUCCGUCGCUGCCGCUGAUCGAGAGCGAGCACGAGGACCAGCCGUUGGACACCAUCAGCGAGCUGCAGGAGCCGCAGGCGCGCGGCGUCAUCCGGCCGCUGGGCCGGACGCAAUCGUCGCCGCUGCCGCUCGGCCAUCCGCUGUUGGGCGGGCCGCCGCCGCCCGACCUGCAGCCGCCGCCGCCGCCGCCGCCGCAGGCGCACCCCCAGCACCAGCCCGUCGAGGAGCAGGAGCAGAGAGAUUUGGAACUGAGAGCCAACGAGUCCAGGAGCAUUCGACCGCUGUCGAGGGCGCUAAGCUCGCCGGUGGUGCACCUGGGCCCGCCCGGGGAAGUCCCGACGCUGGCGUCGAGGCGACGGGCGUCGUCGGCGCCCACCACAGGACUGGCCUACGACAACCAGAUGCUCAAGCACGCCUGCAUAUGCGGCAACAACGCCAUCCAUCCGGAGCACGCCGGGCGAUUGCAAAGUAUUUGGUCCAGGUUGCUCGAAACCGGACUGGUGUCCAGAUGUGAUAGGCUCAGGCCGCGGAAAGCCACACCGCAAGAAUUACAGACUUGCCAUUCGGAAUCUCACGUUUUGUUAUACGGAACCAGUUCGUUGAAUAGGCAUAAGACGGAUUUAAGUAAAUUGAGCACCUUACCGGUUACUGCCUUCGUUAGACUGUCCUGCGGUGGAAUCGGGGUGGAUUCGGACACGACCUGGAACGACAUCUACACAGCCCCGGCCGCCCGAAUGGCGGUCGGUUGCACGGUAGACCUGGCGGUCCGCACCUGGACCGGCGACAUCAGGAACGGCUUCGCCAUCGUCCGCCCGCCCGGCCACCACGCCGAACCCCAACAGGCCAUGGGUUUCUGCUACUUCAAUUCCGUAAGUAUACCCUCGCCGCGACGCCGACGCCGACGCGCCCCCGUCCGACCGUCCGCUUCGGCUUGUAAAACGUACCUUUUUGAGAUAGGCAUCGUUUCGCAGGUGGCCAUCGCGGCGCGCGUCCUCCAACGCGAGCACCGCGUCCACAAGAUACUCAUAUUCGAUUGGGACGUCCACCACGGCAACGGCACCCAGGAGAUAUUCUACGACGAUCCCCGCGUCCUGGUCGUCUCGAUGCACCGGCACGACGACGGCAACUUCUUCCCCGGCACCGGCGGCGUCGCCGAAUGCGGAACCGGCGCCGGCGUCGGAUUCAACGUGAAUAUCGCUUGGUCGGGUGGAUUGAACCCGCCGCUCGGCGACGCCGAAUACUUAGCAGCAUUUAGAAGCAUCGUCAUGCCCAUAGCUAGAGAAUUCGAUCCUGAUAUCAUACUCGUUUCAUCCGGUUUCGAUCUAACCGAUGGUCAUCCGGAUCCAUUGGGUGGAUACAAAGUUUCACCAGCUUGUUUCGGGUACAUGAUAAGGCAGUUGAUGACGCUCGCCAGGGGGCGCAUAGUGCUCGCUUUGGAAGGCGGCUACGAUCUCCCGUCGAUCUGCGAUUCGGCCGAGGAGUGCGUGCGCGUCCUGCUGGGCGACCAGCCGUCGCCGUUGGCCCAGCAGGAGUUGGCGCGCGCGCCCUGCCACAACGCCGUGCUCGCCAUGCAGAAGGUGAUGGCGGUGCACGGGCAGCGGUGGCCGUGCCUGCGGGAGGCCGCCAAAGGGGCGGCGUGCUCGUUCAACGAGGCGCUGCGCAACGAGAAGGAGGACAAGGAGACGGUGAACGCGAUGGCGAGCCUGUCCAUGCAGCAUCCCAUGUCGGUGUCGCCGGUGGGGUUUCUGGCGAACAACGGGCCGCAGAACGUGAUACGGCCCAGCGCUUGAGCGUGGUGUGUUCGAUGGCGGAUCGGGACGAGUUGUUGAUGAGUGAUCGAUGAGUUGAUCGAUGGUUUGCUGAAUAUGAGAUGUAUUGUUGGUGAACAAUGAAUUUUGUUUUAUUCGGAUAAAAAAAAUUCCUAGGAAAUUGUUAUGAAAGUGGGGGAUGUUGAUGUUAUACGUACAAAUAGAGGGCGUUCGCGCUCGCUAGGCUAUGACGUCCGUUUUGGACGACGUCAUUAAUUUCUAAGCAGUUCAACGUUUCCCUAGUGUCGAUGUAAAUUCUCCCAUUUGACUAGGGGAAUUUUAUGAUGCGUAGUUGAAAGUCGAAGGCGAUGUUGUCAUGCAUUUAGUCUCAACAUUCGCAAUAUUUAGCGGCGCUUUGUAGUUGAUAAUUUGACAGGUUAU